AAGACAGUUGACUCCCACUUUUGCGAAUAGUCUGUGAUGUCAAUGUCACCAUUGUCACAACUCUUUUGAAAUAUUUACGUGAAAUAGUGUUGAUAUUUCAUCGAAAUGGCAAAGUCUAAGAACCACACAAACCAUAACCAAAACCGCAAGGCCCACAGAAAUGGUAUUACGAAACCUACUAAGUUCAGGCACGAAUCUACUCUCGGUAUGGAUCCUAAAUUCUUAAGAAAUCAAAGGUUCUGCAAAAAGGGAAACUUGAAGCCUGCCAAACAAGUAGCACGUGCUGCUGAAAGAAAAGCUAAAAGAGAAGCCAAGUCAAAAAAAUGAAUUAGAUUUUAAGAAAAUAAAAUAUAAAAAUUG